AUGACCAUCCUGAAGGGAUACAAAGAGAAGGAAGAAAAGCUUAAGCCAUUCAGGGAAGAAAAGCUUAAGCCAUUCAGGGAAGAAAAGCUUAAGCCAUUCAGGGAAGAAAAGCUUAAGCCAUUCAGGGAAGAAAAGCUUAAGCCAUUCAGGGAAGAAAAGCUUAAGCCAUUCAGGGAAGAAAAGCUUAAGCCAUUCAGGGAAGAAAAGCUUAAGCCUUUCAGGGAAGAAAAGCUUAAGCCUUUCAGGGAAGAAAAGCUUAAGCCAUUCAGGGAAGAAAAGCUUAAGCCAUUCAGGGAAGAAAAGCUUAAGCCAUUCAGGGAAGAAAAGCUUAAGCCAUUCAGGGAAGAAAAGCUUAAGCCAUUCAGGGAAGAAAAGCUUAAGCCAUUCAGGGAAGAAAAGCUUAAGCCAUUCAGGGAAGAAAAGCUUAAGCCAUUCAGGGAAGAAAAGCUUAAGACACUCUCCCACACUUCUGGCUCACAAUGGUUUACUGUAUCACACUGUAUUAUAUCUCCAGGUAAACUCUUCCAGGUUUACUGUAUCACACUGUAUUAUAUCUCCAGGUUUACUGUAUCACACUGUAUUAUAUCUCCAGGUAAACUCUUCCAGGUUUACUGUAUCACACUGUAUUAUAUCUCCAGGUUUACUGUAUCACACUGUAUUAUAUCUCCAGGUAAACUCAUCCAGGUUAACUGUAUCACACUGUAUUAUAUCUCCAGGUAA